UAUCAGUGAUCGGCAUCGGCAGUAGCAUCCAGAAGGCAGUGGGUUACGGGUUCUGACGUGGUUAAAUCAAAUAAGAGCCCUUAGUGGUGUGAACGGUGAAAAGAAGGAAGGCGCGACGGCGGUUACAGCGCAGAGUACAUCGGGUGUACGGUACUCGCGCGGGUGUCGGUAGAUCUGGUGCCGAGCCAUCAUGGCGAACCCACGUAAAUUCAGUGACAAGAUCGCGCUACAUAAACAGAAGGAAGCGCAGGAAAAAGCGGCGUUCGAAGCGAUCAUGCGAGAGGUCUCGGAUGUCACGAGCAGAGUCGUCUCGGCGAGCAGCUCGGUCUGCGCGAGUCCCACGGGAUCCGGGGUCUUGGAGACUCCGCUGUCGGUGAAGAGUGCCGGCGCCAGCCCGCCGCAGUCCAGCGGGAAACACCUGCAUAUUAGUCUUGGGAAUCAAUUCAGGCCGGGUGGCUCCUUGCCCAAUGUUAACAACGACGCGAAUUGCGGCAGCGACGCGAAAGAACACACAUCGUCGCACGACGUCGCUAUCUCGAUCGACCUCAAGACGGCGCUGAGCAACCUGGAGGAGAUGCAACACAAUUCCAUGGUGUACCGCGGGAACGAGAGGGGUAGAAAUGUGGUCGGGGUCGGCCCGAUGCGCCCGCGGCCGAUGGAGAAGAGGCACGACACGUCUCCGUACAGCGGGGUCCCGUACCUGUCGCCUCCGCCACCGGACACCUGGAGAAGGACGAAUUCGGACUCGGCACUUCAUCAGAGCGCCAACGAAGCCUGUCAAUCGGCCAACGCUAUCCCUCAUCGGCGAGGUACCCCAGAUCAACACGUGAUGAGCGGAUCCGGCAGCGACGCCAGGGACCUUCAUUACGGAUUCAUCAAACGGCCAAAAUCGUCUUGCGAGAUACCUAGAGUGCCUGGAACCAACAUAGACCCCAGCUCUCAGCCGCCGGGACAACAAAUUCCCAUAGGCAAUACGCGGUCGUUGCCGGACCUGGUCCACUUCCCGGAUCAAGAGGAUCACUCGAGCGGUACGCCGUUCAGCAACAGUCGUGAAACGAGCAGUCCCGCGAACCUGUCGCCGACCAGCUUGCCGCGAGCUGGUAGGCCGUCCUUCUCGCAGGAUCAGGCCACCGUCCAAGGCGUGGCGUUGGAAAACAGCACAAGUACUUCGCAACAGGAUCUUCAGACCUAUUCGCAACAACCGGUGCCACCUCAGCCACCUCAGGCAACGUCGCACGGUCCGGCUGGCCACUACAUUUAUCAGCAACCGCACAGUCCUGUGCCACCACAAAGUCCAAAGACGUCGCAAACGCAACCUCAGCCGCAUCUGAACUCGUUAGGCUCAUACAGGUCGUCGCAGCAGAUAAACAGGCCGUCGCCGCAAUCGUCGCCCGGGAUAACGAUUCAAGGCAGCCCGUUAAGUUACAGCAACAACCCGUCGGCGCCACCCAGUCCCACGGGGCACCCGGGGCCACCGAACCUCACGACGGAGAACAUCGACCAGAACAAUUAUUUCCUGAACGCCGCGGCGCUUCAACAGGACUUCGAGCAGUUCACGAUGGGAGUGGAUUGGCCGAAAUUCGCGCAGCAGCUCAUGGAACUUGGUUGCACCUGGAGCACGCAGAUAGAGAUGGACACACCUGUGUCAGCUAACAUGAUCGGAUCGUACAUGGGCUCGCCGAAUCACACCACCAAUUACACGCAGAACGACACGAUAAACGUCGGGGGUGAAUUGGGCAGUGGGGACGCCGGUUAUUUCAGCACGAGUCCGCAAAUGCCAUAUCAACCUACCACCACGUCCACCACCACGAAUAACAACCCCUCCGCUCAACAGCUGACGCCGCAGACGCCGAACACUCCGACGAUCAUCCUCACCGACUUUUCCGGGGCGGACGACCUGACGAAUCCGGAAAUGGUGAAGGACCUGGGGAUGGCGAUGAUGGGCGGUUUCGACCCGGACCUCUUGUCGGACGACGCUCUCAGGCAGGGCCUGGACCCGAUCGACAUGGACGGUUUGCAGAUGCUCACCGACCCAACGAUGGUCAUAUCCGAUCCGAGCGCGGAGGCCCACUUUAGACGGGAUCGACUUUAAGAAGGCGAGAACACUUUUAUUACUCAUUUUCGAUUAUGACUAUAUAAUUAAUUACGUAGGAAAUACGAAUUUCUUAUCCGUCCUGGUGUCGCGAUUCAUUCUAAUGCGGGACCAGGACGUUUGACGGGACGAGUUUCAAGUCUAUUGACCGCGUGUCGUCGAUCGAUUUCCAACGGUGCGAUCGAACAGACAAAAAUUGGUGAAAAGUCUCGUUGGAAAUUUGAGUCGUCGCCCAGCGGCACGGACAAUCCCGUUCGUGAUAAAACGUUAAUUGAAGAUUAAGUAAAUACAAGUCUUUAUUAACCCUUUUUUUAUUUUAUACUACUUUGUACAUUGUAUCAUGUAUGAUCUCUAAGAAGCACAAAACAAAAAAGUCUACUGAUUUAUACAUGCUUUUGACAUAUACGAUCCUAGUAAGGUAAAACGACAUAAAAAAUGAAAAAAAAAGAUGAAAUACUGUUUAGGUGAAGUUAACGUUUAGAAAAAUAAAAA